UCUUUCCCUUAGGAAGGCUCCCAUGUGGUAUAUUAGGCUCGACUGGCGUGUUGUCACUAUGUCACCUCCAUACGUGGCCCCGUCGUACUCAGUCUCGUUGAUCCGUCCUGUUUCACUACUCCACGGAGACACCCACUUCUAUUCUCUCUAUCCAAUCCAAACAUGUCGACAUCUGACAGCAGUAAAUUGACGCCCGAGCCAAUACUUCGAAGGGCAGACACGAUUGCCACCCGAAAUAAAGCCAAGCAACACCCCUGGGCGCCCAUUGUUCUCUCGUUAGAUGGCGGUGGUAUCAAAGGCCUGUCUGAGCUUUUCAUACUGCUCAAGAUAAUGAACCGAAUUGAAGAGUUGAUCGUUGAAGGUUCAAACGACGAAACCACUGCUGAAGAAGCCGUCCGCUCCCAUCAAGGGCGAGUUGCUGACAAGAAGCAAGAGAAGAAAACUACCAUCAGGGACGAUGAGCUGUUCGCCUUCUCAAAGGACCCCGCGAUUUUACCUUGCUACUUUUUUGACUUCAUGGUCGGUACAAGUACGGGAGGCCUUAUUGCUGUGAUGCUCGGGCGGCUUAGGAUGAACGUCCCUGAUGCCAUCAAGGCGUACUGGUGCCUGGGAAACGACAUAUUCUUGUCACGCCCUAUAGCAGGGCCGUACAGCUCGAAAAAGUUGAAAGACGCAAUUAUCCGUGUCAUAACGGACCACUGCCGCUGCCAUGAGCUUGGACAAGACUGCCAUGACACAGAGCCCCUCAGACAGUAUGACUAUGCCGAGGAAAACGACAUUAGUUAUAAGAAGACUCCACAUCGCCAGAACUUCACAUGCAAGGUGGCCCUCGUCGCACAGUGUAAGAAGAAGGGGUCGCAACGUCCGUACCUUUUUCGUAGCUACAACCACAGUCCUCGCUCUGAGGGAGAUCUUCUAGAGCACAACCCUAUGACUUUAGGAGGGAAGGCUCUUCACAUGUGGAAGGCUUGUCGCGCCACCUCUGCGGCGCCAUUUUACUUCGAAAGCAUGGCCAUUGGUCGUGACGAGUUCCUAGAUGGCGGUGCUGGCAACAACAACCCUAGUAAUAUUGCCUGGAACGAGGCAAUCUGGAUGUCCAAGCCUGUCAAUUCUCAGGCAACCGCGACUUCUGGCAAUGAGACGGUUGCGGCAGUGGUGAGCCUUGGCUGUGGAGAGAAGGAAAAACAUCAUCUGUUUAAGGAUCGGCCGCGCGGAUUCUAUGUGUUACAAGCCCUGAAGUACGGGAGAAGUAGGAUCAGCGAUACAGAACUUGCUCAUGAGGAGACACGCCGCCUCGCCGGCACAAGCGAUUCAUACUACGCCAGAUUCUCAGUCAAGCCCACCGAGGGCGACCGAGGGAACAAGGGACUCGCAGACGUCAAACUCAGCGAUUGCGCCAGAGUGUCAAAGAAACACUUGUGGGGAUAUGGACCACUCAAAGAAGUCAAGAAACCGGUGGGGGACGCCGAGUUACCACUCCCAGAAUGGUACACGGCUUUGCAGGAGGAAGCGACCCCGAAGGGAUCACGACGGAAGAAAGGUACCUUCAAGCCCGAAAAGUUCUGGUACACCACCUUCGACACCAUUUUCCGUCGAACGGAGGAGUACUGCAGACUUCACAACGACGGCGGCGAGAAUGUGAAGGGAGAUAUUGAUACUUGCGCCAAAACACUACUGAGUUAUGCUCGGGAGCGCCAGGAGAACGAUCCCGAGAGGUGGAAAUGUCAUGUCAGUCAUCCAGAUCCAGCCCACUAUGCCUUCCUAGAAUCUACGAGGAGGCCCAAACCCAGGGAAGAAGAGAGUGGAGGGGGGACGCCUUGAGGAUGUGGACCACCGUCUCCCCAUU